UUUUGAUGUUGAAAUUUUUUUGACAUGCCAUACACUGUUUGUUUACAUUGUGUGGUGAACAUUAGGAGUGGGGAAUAGCAUCAAACAUGGCUGACCGCGCAUGCGCACUGAGUCAUGCGACGACCUUAUCCCAGCCGUCUAUUAAUCUACAGACCUUGGUACAACGUACAGAGUGUACUCUAGACUUAUCUUAUUAGUUUUACAGUAAUUAACUGAUUCUUUUUACUGGAAUUUACAUUAAAUUAUUAAAGAAAAAUGGCGACAUCUUUGAGCAUGGAUUGCGGUGACUUUUUGGAAUUUCAAGAUUCAUUACAGAAAAUGCGUAAAAUAGAUGAUCAGAUAACCUAUGCAUUAAAUUCAAUAAUUCCAACAGAAUCGUUUAAAAAAACAAUCGAUCCAUCAACAACAUGCAAAGAAUUACAUCAACAAAUAAAAAAUAUCCAUAACAAACGAGAAACCUCAAUAAAAUUUUGUCGUGAUGUUGCACGUGGAGAAAUUGAGCAACUUAAAAAACAAUGUGCCACAGAUCCAGAUAAUGUAGUUUUACAAAAUAAUAUGCGAAGAGUUCAAAAUACGCUAAGAAGGUUGGAAUCAGAAUUGGAUAUUGAAAAUGUUUUAAAAAUUCGAACAUGUAAAAUUUACAAUGAUAAAUGUCGUUCUUUUUAUAAAAAUCCAAAUAUAAACGAUUUAUGAAGAGAAAAAUUCAAGUCUUGAUUUAAACAAUGGUGACUGUUGUUACUGAUUGCAAUUUAAAAACGAAAAAAAAAAUGCUAUCAAAUAAUCAAUUGAAACUGCCUCUACUUUUUGAUAUUAUCUUUGCAACGUGAGAAAAACAUAAAUACAUAUUAAAAUUUUUUCACAUUCAA